GUUUUGGCUGUCUUUCGCUUGGCAAUUCGAUUAAUUCAGUCGUUAGUCGUCGACUUCGCCGUUCGGCACUCUCUGCACCGAGCUGACUUGGUGCACUGCCUCGAGAAGUUGACCUCCGUUAUCUUACAGCGUACAGGCGAUUCUUCUGCUCGUGUGCGAGGAACGGCGAAAUCGCAUCUUUUAGAUAUGGCUCAGUGGCCCCAGAUUCGCUCAUUAUCAAACUUCUGGCACGACUUGCUUCGCCCCUUUGAACCUACCACUCUCGAUCGGUUAGCUCUUAGCAGGAUCGAACUCGUCAUUCGGCUAUUUGCUGAACACCGGCGCCAGCUUGCGACUGUACCUGUGACCUCUGCUACCUCGGUUUUCCCUCCCGGAUUUACGAUACCUACCCUCGCAGCUUUCGCCGCUCAGGCAAUUAAACAUCGUGCUGGCGAGCCAACUGAUUUCACUCGGGUCCAAUCACAGUACGCGUUUUACUACAACCGCUAUUUAUUGAUGUCGGUUACAAGCCUUUGUUGGCUCGUAUACUGUGGCUUCACCGAGCAAGACGCCUAA